GCGGAAGGCGCCCUAGAUUUGAAACAGGAAAAUUGGCGCGUCUGCGGGAGCUGAUCCUGGACACCGGUUGUUGGCUGGAAUCUGUUCGGGUCUUUAUGGGGCAGGCGGCCGGCCUCAAGCCUGCCGGAGACGGUGAGAGAGCAUUAUCUUACAAAAUGGUAGAAGACGAACUGGCACUAUUUGAUAAAAGCAUAAAUGAAUUUUGGAAUAGAUUCAAAAGCACUGUUAGUGACACCUCCUGUCAGAUGGUGGGACUGAGAGAGAACUACAAGGACUCCCUUAAAGCAUUUGCAGAAAAGCUGUCUGUGAAAUUAAAGGAAGAAGAACGAAUGGUUGAAAUGUUUCUGGAAUAUCAAAAUCAAAUCGACAGGCAGAAUAAGCUCAUUCAAGAAAAGAAAGAUAAUUUGUUAAAGCUGAUUGCUGAAGUAAAAGACAAAAGUCAGGAACUGGAAGCACUGACUGCCAAUAUCCAGGACCUCAAGGAAGAAUAUGCUAGGAAGAAGGAAACUAUUUCCACUGCUAACAGAGCUAAUGAAGAGAGGUUGAAAAGGCUACAAAAAUCUGCAGACUUGUAUAAAGAUCGACUUGGACUAGAAAUUCGAAAAAUUUAUGGUGAUAAGUUACAGUUUAUAUUCACUAAUAUUGAUCCUAAGCAUCCUGAGAUCCCGUUCAUGUUUACCCUGAGCCUAAAUGAAGCAAGAGACUAUGAAGUGUCAGACAGUGCUCCUUAUCUUGAAUGCCUAGCAGAAUUUCAAGAAAAUGUAAGGAAGACCAACAAUUUUUCGGCCUUUCUUGCCAAUGUUCGGAAAGCUUUUACUGCAAUGGUUUAUAAUUAAUGUAUAAAUAGUAUAUAAAGACCGUUAUCCCUACCGUGUAUCUUUUCUAAAAAGUUCUCAUUGUUCAUUUUGUCUAUAAUCCAUUUAUAUUUUUGUAACAUUUCCAUGUGCUGUAUUUCUGUAAAUUGUUUUAAUUAAAAUCUUCUAAAAGAAGAUUUAUAAAGUCAAGCUUUUGAAGGACAUGGACCAGUAAUAUUAAAAAGUGGGGAGGGUGGGCCCAACCUAGGGUUUGCAGUUUUUAAAAUAUACUUCACAAAAUAAAUAGUAUCUUCCUUAAAUCAUAAAGAGUAUUUUAAUCUCACACCAAGAGGAAUCCACAGUUAAAGGACAAACCUUUACAUCAGAAGAAAGUUGGCAGUAUUCUAAGAUAUCUAGAGAAGAAUUUAAUUUCUAAAAUCCAGAUGUGGAAAAUCUGUAACCAAUUUCCAUUUUGAAAUAUGUAUACUGGUUAGCUGUGAUCUGGAUACAUGCCAUCAACAAAGACUAGAACUCAAUCAGCUUCUUUUAGGAUUUCAUUUUUGUUACCAUUCACUCUUUCCUUAUAAAUUUGGUUGUAUUUAGGUAGCUGUCUCUGGUGAAAGCCACAUAAUAAAAUCUCAGGAUGUCUUAGGCAUGCCUAAAAUCUAUGGAACAUUGACCUCCAAGCCUCCAGCUCCUUCUGUCUUCUUGAAACCUUAGGGGGAGAGUUUAGGCCGGUUGUCUAGUUUGGGUCAGAGGGAGUUUCACAGCACUCUCCAUCAGUCGCCUCUCAUGCCUAGGCCUUGGCUCAGGGCUCUGCUUAUCAUAAUGUAGCAGUAGAAUUUAUCUGAGAAGAAAGCUAUGGACUGUGGGAGUGUUACCACUGAUCCAUCCCAGUGUGCAGACCAGCUCGUAGGAAGCAUCAAUUGAUAUUAUCUCUGCAGAGAUAAAAGGCUAAUAAACUACCUUAGGGGUUGGAAUGUGUGCUACUAACAACCACUUUAUUCUGUCUGAGCAUGGGCUUGGCUAAAGGGAGUAUUUUAGCAGGGAGUUCAGUGAGCAAACCAUCCGGUUUCCCUAGGCAUAUCUCCAUAUUUGGCCUUAUAUAUAUAUAUCUUCCUUUAAAUGAAUAUAUAAAACCAUAUCAAAACCUAAUUUUGAUUUUUAUGGAUCAGCUUGGUUUGGAGCUUAAAUUAGAUCAGAAGGAUCCAUUUCUUAGCCGUUUCUUCUGGGUUGAGGCUCCAUGUGGUAGAUCCUAGCAAUUUCAAGCUCAUCUCGAUCUCUGAACUAGUCACUGGUGAUGGGAUGAGGGGUAAAGUACACACCAUUGGAUUAGGCUAGACCCUCCGGAGACCCAGGUGAGCAGGUAGAUUAUCCUCAACCACUGAGCCAAGAGUGGGGAUGUUGUAGUUCUCUAACUGGAAAUAGAGGCUAGAUGUUUAACAAAAAAAUAAAAGAUGACUACUACAGUGAGCACAUAUUUACUGAACUCCCUGCUUGAAAUAGAUCCACAAGGAAUAAGCAUAAAACUUAAAAAAGAUUUUCACUCAUUGAAACUAGAGAAAGAUCAUGUCUCCUAUCACAAGUUCUUGAUAGAAUGUUUGAACCAUACAGUGAGAAGACAGUAGGCGUUGAAUCUAAAAGAUCCUCUUCACUUGCCAGUUAGGGAAAUGAAGAUUGGGGAUGAGAGACUAAGUGGGUAGCUCUCAACUUAGGUCCAUUUCUCCUCAAAGACCACCAUUCUUCACUUGUAAGGGGAGCAGGAGUGGGGGAAGUGGGUGGAGGUAGGGCAAGACCUCCAAUAAGAGCAUGUAGCAGGAAGGUUACAAAAGGACAGCUAGGAACCAACUUUGCCUCUGACCUGCAAGCUCAAAAGAACUGUACAUGAUCAUACAAAAGGUCCUUAAGCCAUAGAGAUUUAUAUCAAUUUGCUUUCUCAACUGGAAAAUUUAUUUGUUCCAAAAUUGGAACUGGGAAUUGGUUAGGGCUGGCCACCUUAGAAUAAUAGUGUGAACUUUUUUAACCCUUCUUAUGUUCUAAGAAGGACCAGUACUGUUCUAAGCCCUUUAUAUAGGUCUCCUCAUUUAUGUUCCCUCAACCACCUGUGAGGUUAUCCAUAACCUUCUACAAAUAAGGAAUCCAAGCUACAGAGAGUAUAAGUUACUUCAAGUUAGAUAGCUGGGAAGUGUUAGAAUUCAGAUUCAAAUCCGGGUAGUAGUCUGGCACCUAACUCAUGAGCUUCACCUAAAUUCUACCUUAUUAAUGCCCUUCUAGGCUAUAUUUCAGGGAAAGAUUCUAAACAAAUUUGUAUUUUUCUAAUACAGUACUGGUUUUGUGUUUCUAGAGAAGUAUAGUGAUUAAGAAAAAAAAAGGUAAACUGUCUUGAAAGCAGAGACUAUGUUUUGUCUGGAUCCUUAGUACCUGGACUUUAGAACCCAAGGGUGCUCAUUGAGAACCAUCUCUAGGUAUGCAGAUUGCAGUUAUUUACCCCAAGACUUAUGGAAAUGGUGAGUGGAAGGCUGUUGACCUAGGCAUAAAGUCGUUAUCUGUUCAGUCAAAUAUAAAGGCCUUAAUAUUUGAGGUUUACCAUGUGCCAAACCUAGGAAUAUUCUGGAGCUGAAAUUAAUAUAUUAGAUUAAAUUUUAAAGUUGAUACAUUAUGAAAAAUGCACUUUGAAUGAUUAAGAAUACAUGUGAAAGGCAAACCAAGCUAUUCUAUUCAUAUUUCUCUAUUUACUCAUUUUAUUUAGGAUGGUAUGUUGUAAAAAAGGAAAUAAUUUUAAGCAUUUAAAAUCUUCCUGAUGUGGAAAUAAAGCUCUGGACACAAGAUAAGAGAUUUUCUUAAAUGGGAAAAAUAUGCACAAGUAGUCAAACUGAUUGCAAUGGAAUCUAAAUGGGGUGGAUUAACCUAUUCCACAUUUUGUAAUAAAAUGGAACAACAUGACCUCUAAAAUUAAACUCAAUUACUAAUUAAGUUUAAAAAAACAGAAUCAGCACAAACUCUGCUAAAAUGUACUACUAAUGGAUUUAAAGUUUCGAUUUCCCAGCUAAUAAGGAUUAGAAAGUGUUGCUUCUCUUCCAAUUCAGAGGAUUCUUGUACAGAGAUAAUUCCAUACCUUUUAGUUUGUUUGCCAUGACAAUGAAUUGCCUGUUUAGCUAUCACUCUAGCAUAGUAUCUAACACAUAGUAGAAGCUUAAUAAAUACGUGUUAGUGUUGAACA